GCCCGCGGAAGGGAGCGCCCACCGGAAGCAACCCGGAGACGAACAUGGCGGCCGCCCGGUGCCUGCGCUGGGGCCUGAGCCGAGCCAGAGCCUGGCUGCCGCCGCCGCCCCCGCGCUGCCCCCGCCGGGAGCUGCACAAGCAGGCAGACGGCGCCGGGUUCCAGAGCAGCUACAGCCUGGACAAGCUCUACCCGGAGUCGCGGGGCUCGGACACGGCGUGGAGGGUCCCGGAUGACGCGAAGCAAGCCAACGAUAUUCCUCUAGAUCGCUUGACAAUAUCUUACUGUCGGAGCAGCGGGCCUGGAGGCCAGAACGUUAACAAAGUGAAUUCCAAGGCCGAAAUCAGGUUCCAUUUGGCAACCGCCGACUGGAUCGCGGAGCCGGUGCGCCAGAAGAUGGCCGUCAUGUAUAAGAACAAGAUCAACAGGCGGGGAGAGCUGAUCCUUACCUCCGAGUGCAGCCGCUACCAGCUGCGGAACCUGGCAGACUGCCUGCAGAAAAUUCGAGACAUGAUCGCCGAAGCCAGCCAGACGCCCAAGGAGCCGUCCAAGGAGGAUGCUGUCCUCCGGAGAAUCAGAAAACAUGAACCGGGAAAGGCUGAGAAAAAAGAGGAUCAAUUCUGCCACAAAGGCAGGCAGGAGGGUAGAUAUGGACUGAAAUCACCCUCCGGAGCUGGCAGAGCCCUCCGCUGCGGCCGGGCAGCCGGCAGGAGCUCAGUGCUGCAGGCCACAGCCUUGCUGUUCCCGGUUUUAGUGCGUCUCCGACAUUGGAGCCAUCGGGAUUGUCCGCUCAGAGGGAGGGUGGCAGAGGUCUCCAGGCGAUGACAUGUCACACCUCAUCCACUCCAUGUAGUAGCUGCACUAAAAUUCUACAUGCAAAAAAUAAAUAAAAUGAAAUUCUAAAGGCCG